UUGCGUGGUCGAUGACGUAACAACAGUGUUUUUAGCGCCGCGGGGGCCGUCACCCCCCCCGUUCCAAUCCAGCGGCGCACCGUUUCCGAGGCCGGGCGUCUCCCGCGCUUCUUCUUUCCUGUCCAGGACAAGGAAGAACGAGGGGGACAGUCGCGGCGCAGCCCCCCUCGGUAGCCACCAUGAUGAGACGCAGCAAGGCGGAAGUGGAUCGCUACGUCUCCUCGUUGCAGGCCUCGGCCCCUUCUCCCAGGGAGAAAUCGAUGAAAGGAUUCUUUUUUGCUAAGCUGUAUUAUGAAGCAAAGGAAUAUGAACUUGCUAAAAGGUACAUAUCUACAUAUCUCAGUGUCCAAGAACGAGAUCCGAAGGCCCACAAAUUCUUAGGCCAACUCUAUGAAGCUGAAAAGAACCUAGAGAAAGCUGUUGGCUGUUAUAAGCGUUCAGUGGAAUUGAACCCAACACAGAAAGAUCUCGUAUUAAAGAUUGCAGAAUUGCUGUGCAACAAUGAUAUUACUGAUGGGAGAGCAAAAUACUGGGUUGAGAGAGCAGCCAAGCUCUUUCCUGGAAGUCCUUCAGUUUUUCAUCUGAAGGAGUGUCUGUUGGAUUGUGAAGGUGAAGAAGGGUGGAAUCAGCUUUUUGACUUGAUUCAGACAGAGUUGUAUGCUAGACCAGAUGAUGUACAUGUUAACAUCAGACUUGUACAGCUAUACAUGUCAAAUAAAAGACUCGAAGAUGCUGUGUUACAUUGUCAAGAAGCAGAGAAGAAACUAUCUUUGCAGUCAAGCUUGGAGUGGUGCCUGUGUGUGGUACAGACACUUGAGGAAUAUCUGAAAUCUGCACAGAACUCUGAAUCUGAUAAAAUUAGUUGGCAAAGGACCCAUCGGGAUCUCUUGUUGGCUUACUCCAAUGUGGUUGUAAUGACACUAUCAAGCAGAAGUGUUGAAGCAAGUAGAGCAUCUCUUGAAAGCUUUGAUCAUGCACUUCAUUCCGUGAAACCAUAUGUAGCUGGAGGUGAACUGUCUGUAACUUUCCUGGAAAUGAGAGGCCAUUUCUACAUGCAUGCUGGAACUUUGCUGUUGAAGAUGGCCCAGCAGAGUGAGGCGCAAUGGAGAGCUGUUUCUGAAUUGGCAGCCUUGUGUUACCUUAUAGCUUUCCAGGUUCCUAGACCAAAGUCAAAACUAAUAAAAGAAGAUAAAGCUGAACGAGAGACGUUGCAAAUGUUAGCCUGUGACCGACAGAGCCAAUCUGGACAUAUGCUGCUGAAUUUAAGUCAUGGCAAGCAGGAUUUCUUCAAGGAGAUUGUUGAAUCAUUUGCAAACGAGAGUGGGCAGUCCACUUUAUUUGAUGCACUGUUUAGGAGUGGUUCUAGAGAGAGCUCAUUCCUUGGCACAGAUGAUAUCCGAAAUGUUGGUGUACAAGCACCAGAUUGCAUGGAACUGACUAGAUAUGAUAUUGGUGCCAUUAGAUUGCACAAUGGUAGUCUCCAGCACCUCACAUGGCUUGGUCUGCAGCGGCACUCCUUAUCAACACAGCAAGCAAUUCGCAAAUGGUUAAAGCAACUUUUCAAUUUGCCUCAGGAAACGUCAAGACUUGAGACCAAUGAGCCUGAAUCAAUUUGCAUGUUAGACCUUGAAGUAUUUCUGCUUGGGGUGAUAUUCAGCAGUCAUUUGCAAUUACAAGGGAAGCAUAAUACACAGCACAGUGUACACCAACCUCGAUUGCUUCCACUACCAGUAUGCAAGCAACUUUGUACUGAAAGGCAGAAGGCCUGGUGGGAUUCAGUUUAUAAUAUUAUUCACAAACCAGCUGUAUCUGGGUCAGCAGCAAAAAUGAGACUUAUAGUUCAACAUGAAAUAAGCAUCCUAAGAGCUUUAGGAAAACAUGGUCUUCAACCAGCUCUGAUCAUACACUGGGCAAAAAGUCUCCUUAAAACAGGCUGCAGCCUUAAUUCUUUCUAUGACCAACGGGAAUACAUUGGACGAAGCAUAUAUUAUUGGAAGAAAGUUCUGCCAAUGCUUGAGACAAUCAAGAAGAAGAAAAGUAUUCCUGAACCAAUUGACCCUUUGUUCAAACAUUUUCAUAGUGAAGAUAUUCAGGCUUCCCAGGUUGAUGAAUGUCAAGAGGAAGCACACAUAGCAUUUGCUAUGCUGGAUGCCGUUGAUGGGAAAACGGAUGAUGCUAUGCAAGCAUUUGAAGCUAUUAAAAGUGUUGUUUCAUACUGGAACCUUGCUCUGAUCUUUCAGAGGAAGGCUGAAGAGAUGGAGAAUGAUGGCCUGUCACUAGAAGAGCAAGAAGAAUGUAGGAAUCACCUAAAGAAGAGCAGAGACUACCUCAUAAAAAUAAUAGAUGAAAGCAGCACAAAUACGGCAGUAAUUGAAAAGUUACCUGUAUCGGUAGAAGUGGUUAAGGAGAUGCUGGAAUCUGUAAUGCAAGAACUUGGGGACAAUGAUGAAGGAAGAAGUCCUACCUUUAACAAUGAUCUGAACCAACCAGCAGAAACAGAAAUUAAACAUUCCACCCCAUCACCCACAAAAUUCUCACUGUCUCCAAGUAAAAGCUACAAGUUCUCUCCCAAAAAACCUCCUCGCUGGGCAGAGGAUCAAAAAUCUCUACUUCAGAUGAUCUGUCAACAAGUAGAAUCUAUUAAGACUGAGAUGCAAGAAAUGAAACUUAACAAUUCCAAUGCAAACCUUUCUCAUCGAUGGCCUGCUGAAAGCUAUGCACCAGAUACCAUGUCAGAUGGCUAUCAAGGAGCACAGAACUUCCAUGGAGCACCAUUAACUGUGGCUACUACAGGUCCAUCAGUCUACUACAACCCAUCACCAGCGUAUAAUUCUCAGUAUCUUCUACGAACAGCAGCCACCAAUGUGACCCCCACAAAGGCUCCUGUCUAUGCCAUGAAUAGACUUACACCUCAGCAACACAUUUAUACAUAUCAACAGCCAAUGCAUACCCCUCCACUUCAAAACACUUCUGCUUGUAUGUUUUCACAAGACAUGUAUGGUACUCCACUACGUUUUGAUUCUCCUGCAACAGGAAUUUUGUCUCCCCGUGGUAGUGAAGAUUACUACAAUUAUAGUGUUCCUCCAACAAGCACAAAUCCACCACUGCCCGAGCCAGGCUAUUUCACAAAACCUUCAGCAGCACCGCCAGUUUCAAGGCCUGCAGAAUCAAAGGUGAUAGAAUUUGGGAAGCCUAACUUUGGUCAAUCUAUACCAGCAGAAGGCACAAAACCUUCUUCUCAAUCAGCUCAGCCAACUACCUUCAAAUUUAACUCUAACUUCAAAUCUAAUGAUGGUGAUUUUACUUUUUCAUCUCCUCAGGUCAUAACACAAUCCCAUAGUACAACCUAUGGCAACAAUGACAGUCUUUUGGAUCUUCUGACAUCAGACAAACCUAUCAAAGAGGAUCGAUAUACAGGACAAAAGCCACUUGCUGAACAAGCCACUGGACAGCGCAAUAUCUUCAGUUUUGGUGGCAAAAAUACUUCAAGCAUUUCACUUACAGAUAAAAUGGCACAAAGUCAACCCCAACUCUCUGUGUUUGGUAAAAGUGAUGUGUUCAGCUUUCAGGAUCCUAGCAAACCCAUGUUUGGAACUCAGAGUUCAGAUGUAGCAAACAGAAGUCAUGAUGGAGAUGGAAGUGUCCAUGGUGGUGAUGAAGAUGAUGAUGGUCCUCAUUUUGAACCUGUAGUGCCACUACCUGACAAGAUUGAAGUAAAAACAGGUGAGGAAGAUGAAGAAGAGAUCUUCUGCAACAGAGCCAAACUCUUUCGUUUUGAUGGGGAGUGCAAAGAGUGGAAAGAGAGAGGAGUUGGUAAUGUGAAAAUUCUGAGGCAUAAAAUAACUGGCAAAAUUCGGCUGCUUAUGAGACGGGAACAAGUGCUGAAAAUCUGUGCAAAUCACUAUAUAAAUACAGAUAUGGCCCUAAAGCCAAAUGCUGGGUCAGACAAAUCAUUUGUGUGGCAUGCCUUGGACUAUGCAGAUGAAUUACCAAAACCUGAGCAACUCGCCAUUAGAUUUAAAACACCAGAGGAAGCAAUGCUGUUCAAGCGUAAAUUUCAAGAGGCACAAAAUAGUUUAAAAGCCUCUGGAUCAAAUGUUAGUGAACAGGCCAUUCACAACAUGGGAUCAACAAGGGAGAGAACUACUCAAGAUGCAAAAGAUUCUGGGAAAUCUGAUACAGGGAUCCUGAAUACUGGAUUCCACCUUAAGAGUGGAGCAUCCUCUAUUAAUGGCAGCUGUCAGGUUCUUGGUCCUGAUACAAUCAAUACAGCAAAAAACACCAAUACCAAAAGCACAUUUACCAUUACAUCAAGUGGGUCAACACCCACAUCCUCUUCUUUUGGUAAAGAAGUAGCUGCAACAUGUGGCUUUGGCGAUAAAUUUAAGCUCAAGGAAGGUCAGUGGGAAUGUAAUACAUGCUUGGUUAGGAACUUGAUAACUUCACAGAAAUGUGUUGCUUGCCAGGCUCCAAAUCCAUCUAAGGAGGCUCUGCCUCCUCCAACAGAACCAGCUGUCUCUUUCAAACCUAGCACUGAGGGUACAUUUGGACUCAUUUCUGCUAAAAAGGAAAAACAGUGGGAAUGCAAGAACUGUUUGGUCAGAAAUGAAGGCAGUGUAUCUCAUUGUAUUGACUGCAAAAAUCCCAGUGGAACUAAAGCAUCAGUAUUUGGUCCGCAAACCACAUUCAAGUUUGGGCAGGCAGAAACACCAGUGGCUCCACAAAGUACCUUUGGGGCUGCUUUUUUGAAAAAGGAAGGCCAGUGGGACUGCAAUGUAUGUUUAGUCCAAAAUGAAAGCGAUUCAGCUACUUGUGUAGCUUGUCAAGCUCCAAAUCCAUGUGAUAUUGCUCCAGCUGUACCUGCUAAUGCUCAAUCACCUGCAUUUGCCUUCAAAAGCAAAUUAUCAGAAUCCACUGGAGGACCACAGGGGACAGGUUUUAAAUGCGAGAUAUCAGAGAAGGGCUUUAAGUUCGGCCAUCUUACAGAGCAAGGAAAGUCUCCGUUCUCAUUUCAGCUUCCUCCUAGUACAGAAACUAAGCCUGUGAAAGGAGGGUUUAAUUUUUCAAUGCCUGUACCGCCAGGUGGGUUUAAAUUUGGUAUACAAGAGCCUAGCAAAGAUAUUGCAAAAGAUGAAAAGAAAAAAGAAGGUAAUUUUGUAAAAGGCCUUGAUGAGAGAGAAUUGUCAUCUGCAGAAGAAACCGUGGUACAGUCUCAUGAUGCAUCUGGCAAACAGAGUAGUGACUUACCUUUUGGCCAACAUAGCAGCACAUUCACUUUUGCUGACCUUGCAAAAACAACUGGUGAGGGGUUUCAGUUUGGCAAAAAAGAUCCAAAUUUCAAGGGUUUUACAGGUGCAGGUGAAAAGCUCUUUUCUUCUCAGACCACUAAAAGUUCUUCCAAAGCAAAUACUUCUGCUGAUCUUGAGAAGGAAGAGGAUGCAUAUAAAACAGAAGAGAGUGAUGAUAUUCAUUUUGAGCCUGUUGUCCAGAUGCCUGAAAAAGUGGAACUAGUGACAGGGGAGGAGGAUGAGACAGUGCUGUAUUCGCAAAGAGUAAAGCUAUUCAGGUUUGAUGCAGAUACCAGCCAGUGGAAAGAACGUGGUGUGGGCAACUUGAAAAUCCUUAAGAAUGAAGUUAAUGGCAAACUACGAAUGCUCAUGAGGCGUGAGCAGGUACUGAAGGUUUGUGCAAACCACUGGAUCACAACUACCAUGAACUUGAAGCCACUCUCUGGCUCGGACAGAGCAUGGAUGUGGUUAGCCAGUGACUUUUCUGAUGGUGAUGCAAAGCUGGAACAAUUGGCAGCUAAAUUCAAAACUCCAGAGCAGGCUGAAGAAUUCAAACAUAAAUUUGAAGAAUAUCAGAGGCUGUUGCUGGAUAUCCCACUCCAAACCCCACACAAACUCAUUGAUACUGGGAAAACAGCAGAGCUCAUACAGAAGGCAGAAGAAAUGAAAAGCGGAUUAAAAGAUCUUAAAACUUUCCUGACAGAUGAUAAAACUAAACUUGCCGAUGAAGAAGAGAAGAGCUCUGUUGCUGCUGCAAGCACUUCCGAUUUGAUUAUAAAGCCACAUGCUGAAAGCACCGGGCCUACAUUGGAAUGGGACAACUAUGACUUGCGUGGGGAAGCACUGGAUGAUAGUACAGAUAGUUCUGUGUAUGCACUGCCUCGGGCCAGUAGUCCGGUGAGAAAAAAUCUGUUUAGGUUUGGGGAGUCUACAACAGGGUUUAACUUUAGUUUCAAAUCUGCACUGAGUCCCUCCAAGUCUCCUUCCAAACAGAACCAAAGCAGGACUUCUAUAGGCACAGAUGAGGAGUCCGACGUUACCCAAGAAGAUGAAAGAGAUGGUCAGUACUUUGAGCCCGUGGUCCCUUUACCCAACCUUGUAGAACUAAAAAGUGGUGAGGAAAAUGAGCAAGUUGCCUUCAGUCAUCGGGCAAAACUGUAUAGAUAUGAUAAAGAUACUAAUCAGUGGAAAGAGAGAGGUAUUGGGGAUAUAAAAAUUUUGCAGAACUAUGACACUAAACAAGUUCGCAUAGUCAUGAGAAGAGACCAGGUGUUAAAGCUUUGUGCCAACCAUAGAAUAACACCAGAUAUGAAUAUACAGCAAAUGAAAGGCACAGAGAGAGCUUGGGUAUGGACUGCAUGUGACUUUGCUGAAGGAGAAAGGAAAAUGGAGCUCUUGGCUGUACGAUUUAAGCUGCAAGAUGUUGCUGACUGUUUCAAACAAAUUUUUGAGGAAGCAAAACAUGCUCAGGAAAAAGGCACCUUAGUCACACCACUCUCUUCACGCACCAAUACCCCAAAAGAAUCUCCAUGUGGAAAGACUGCUGUUGCAGUAUUGGAAGAAACCACAAGGGAGAGGACAGAUCUAAAGGAGGAUGAAGAAACUGUUAUACAGACAGGAGACACUUCAGUGGUGGUGGUAACUUCUGAGAUGCCAACAAAAGCAGUGGUUUCACCACCCAAGUUUGUUUUUGGCUCAGAAUCUGUCAAAAGUAUUUUUAACAAUGAAAAAUCAAAGCCUUUCACAUUUGGAAACACUUCGGCAACAGGGUCUCUCUUUGGCUUCAGUUUCAAUGCUGCUCCUAAAAGUAAAAGUGAUAGCUUGAUUUCUCAAACCACACUACAGAGAGAAGCAGAGAGCACACAUGGCACUGUAAACUUUGGAGUUGCUGGACAUCAGGAAGGUAGCACUGCUGGCUGGAAACACUUGGAUGACAAAGGAGAAAUUCAAGCAGCUACCUCAAAAGUGGAAGGACCUUCUAACUUCUCAUUUAAACUGGUAGAAAAAGUUGAGACUAAGAAAGAACCAGAUACAACCAUUUCAGAUGUUUUUAUUGUAUAUGAAUUAACACCGACUCCUGAGCAAAGAGCUCUUGCAGACUCCCUUAGAUUACCCCCAACGUUCUUCUGCUACAAGAACAAACCUGGAUAUCUGAGUGAAGAUGAUGAUGAUGAGGACUUUGAAACAGCAGUGAAGAAACUUAAUGGAAAAUUGUAUCCUGAGGAACCCCAGCAACACACACAACCACAGGGAACUGACACAGGUAUCAUAAAAGAAAAUGAAUCGGAAGGUGGGAGCGAGUGUGUUCUUGUCUGGGAAAAGAAACCAACUCCUGAAGAAAAGGCUAAAGCAGAGAAUCUGAAGCUUCCUCCAACCUUUCUCUGUGACAUUGGCAGUGACACUGGUGAAGACAAUGAUGACAGCUUAGAAGAUUUUCAAACAGAGCUUGCCAAAGUUCAAGAAACUAAAGAAGCCCAAGUCGAAGAUGUUACCAGUUCAACAGAUGAUAUGUGUACUACUAAGAAAGAUGAAGGGCCAGUUGUCAUGGCCAGUAUAACUGAAGAACCAGAUUCGACUACAGAACCUACACACAUCAUACAGGCUUUAUUGGAAACAGAUGAUAAACCUGUUGACUUGUCAACUAAAAAAGAGAGCAACUCAACUUUCACAGGCUCUGUAAACCAAGAAACCAAACCUUUCUCAUUUGCCUUUGGCAACAAACCUGGCUUGUCAUUUGCUGAUCUGGCUUCAAAUAAUUCUGGGGAUUUCGCUUUUGGUUCAAAAGACAAAAAUUUCAAGUGGGCAAAUACAGGAGCAACUGUAUUUGGAGUACAGGCAGCCACUAAAGAAAAUAAUGAAGAUGAUGGAAGUGAUGAAGAGGUUGUACAUAGUGAUGAUAUUCACUUUGAACCAAUUGUAUCCCUUCCAGAGGUUGAGGUGAAAUCGGGAGAAGAAGAUGAAGAAAUUAUCUUUAAAGAAAGGGCAAAACUCUACAGAUGGGACAGAGAAGUCAAUCAGUGGAAAGAACGUGGUGUGGGAGAAAUAAAGAUCCUCUUCCAUACACAGAAGAAGUGUUAUCGAGUUUUAAUGAGAAGGGACCAAGUUCUCAAAGUCUGUGCAAAUCAUAUAAUCACAAAAAACAUAGAUUUAAAACCCUUGAAUACUUCAAACAAUGCUAUGGUUUGGACUGCUACAGAUUAUGCUGAUGGUGAAGCAAAAAUCGAACAGCUUGCAGUCAGAUUUAAAAGCCAAGAGCUGGCUGAUUCCUUCAAAAGGAGAUUUGAAGAGUGCCAGCAAAGCUUGUCAGAGUUGCAGAGGGGACAUAGAUCCCUGGCAGCAGAAUUGUCAAAUGAAACUAACCCUGUGGUAUAUCUUGAAGUUUCUGCUGAUGAUGAACACCUGGGUCGUAUCACCAUAGAACUAUUUUCUAAUAUUGUUCCUCAAACUGCUGAGAACUUCAGGGCAUUAUGCACGGGAGAAAAAGGAUUUGGAUUCAGAAAUUCGAUAUUUCACAGAAUAAUUCCAGAUUUUAUGUGUCAGGGAGGUGAUAUCACUAAACAGGAUGGUUCAGGUGGUCGGUCAAUUUAUGGAGAUUUAUUUGAGGAUGAAAAUUUUGAAGUGAAACACACUGGUCCUGGCUUACUUUCCAUGGCAAAUAAUGGUAGAAACACCAAUAAUUCUCAAUUCUUUAUUACACUCAAAAAGGCAGAGCAUUUGGACUGUAAACAUGUAGUCUUCGGCUUUGUGAAGGAUGGUAUGGAUGUUGUAAAAAAAAUGGAAUAUUCUGGGUCUCCCGGAGGAGCAGUAUCAAAAAGAAUUGUGAUCACAGACUGUGGGCAAAUAUAAAUUUUUUGCUACAACAUGUAUGCAGAUAGAGUAACAUAAAUCAAUUUUCAGAAGACUUAGACAAGAUUAUGUCCAGCUUCUUAAAAAUGAACAUGUCUGAUGUAUAAAUGUAAAGUUACAGCUUAUAGCUGAGUACUUUUUUAAUGUUUCAAUUGACUUUGCAUGUUGUGAAAUAAAGGUUCAAACACUGGUA